AUGCAUGAGUUGUUGAGUUUAGUUGUGAUUGGUGUUUCGGAUCCGGUGGUAACGAUAGCGGCAGAUGAAAAACAUAUUGCUGAGUUAUUUAGUUACAGCGCAGAUAGUCAGCUUGAGUUAUGCCUGAAGGAGGACGGUGUGUCUGAGUUGUCAACAGGUGAAGGUGAAGGACCAAAUAUAUCGGAGGAGGUGAUACUGCUGAUGCUCCACCUGGAUUUGGAGGGGACUGUUGGCUUGGUCGGUUUUGAGUUCAGAAACCAACAAGGCAACCUGGCGGAGACAGUUCAAAAGGUUCAAAAUCCCGAGUCGGGAUCGGGUCCAAAAUACUCGUACAGGUUUCACUUCACACAAGGAAAAACCGCACAUGAACAAAAGCCAGAACAGACUGGGGGGAUGGAAUGGUUGGAUAUGCUUCUGGGAACGAAAGAAGAUGACAAUGAGGAUCUGACAACCAUGCACAUGAACCCUAGCGUAGGGUUGGCAAAAGAGUGGUUGGAGGAAGAGUGGCUGGAGGAAGAGUGGUUGUCACUAUGA